AUGGCGGGGGCAGUAAAAGCUCGAUCUCUGGAGGAAACUCCAACAUGGGCGGUUGCAGUUUGGUUGACAAGGAGACACAAGCGAGCUCUUUAUGAAGCACUUGAAAAAGUUAAAUCAGAGCUUAUGCUUUUGGGAUUCAUAUCGUUGCUUCUAACAGUAGGACAAGGACCUAUUUCAGACAUAUGCGUACCAAAGUCUGAUAAAGUUGCUCUUGUUUCAGCUGAUGGCAUCACUCAACUACAUAUAUUCAUCUUUGUGCUAGCGGUUUUCCACGUGCUUUCUUGCAUUCUCACUCUGGCUUUGAGCAGAGCAAAGAUGAGGAAAUGGAAAAAAUGGGAAAUGGAAACAACAACAUCUGAUUACCAGUUAUCACAUGACCCAGAGAGAUUUAGAUUUGCAAGGGACACAUCAUUUGGAAGGAGACAUUUGAACUCCUGGACUCGCUCGUCAAUUCUCUUGUGGAUACAAGCUCUUCUUCUGCAAUUUGAGAGCAAUAAUUACAUAAGAGGUGGGAAUCAAGACCUUUCAAGGGUCUGUUUCUUCAGACAGUUUUUUAGAUCAGUUCUAAAGGUGGAUUACCUGACCCUACGCCAUGGCUUUGUCAUGGCACAUUUGGCACCUCAGAGUCAAACUAAGUUCAACUUCCAGACAUACAUCAAAAGAUCACUUGAGGAGGAUUUCAAAGUUGUGGUUGGGAUCAGGCUGGUAUUCUUAUCUAUGGCUGCCUUUCAUCCCGCUGAUUGUUAUCUUGUUGGUGAGUACAAAGCUACAGGUUGUUAUAACCCAGAUGGGUCUAAGCAUUCAAGAGAGAGGGCAGGUUGUGCAAGGUAUCUCCAUAAUGCAUUUCAGUUUGCUUUCUUUGCAUGGACUUGGUAUGAAUUCGGGCUGAAGUCUUGCUUCCAUGAGUAUCCAGAAGAUUUAAUUUUAAGGACUGUAAUGGGGGUAGUAAUUCAAUUCCUCUGCAGCUAUGUGACGCUUCCUUUGUAUGCGCUGGUAACUCAGAUGGGUUCAACCAUGAGGCCAACAAUCUUCAACGAGCGACUUGCCAAGGGCCUAAGAAACUGGCACCACACCGCUAGAAAACACAUUAAACAGAACCGACACUCAGGCACUGUAACACCAACAACGAGCGCACCAGGCACCCCGAGGCAUGCCAUGUCGCCCGUUCAUCUAUUGCGUAACAAUAGAGGCGAGCCCGAUGGCAUACAAGCAUCAUCAAGAAAGUCCGAUGCUGAAGAUGGCGGUCGGAAGACAGACAGCUCAGGCUCUUACAAACACACAAAACACGGUGUAGAAGAAGAGGACAGAUGCUCUUGA